AACAGCAUCUUCCAUAGCAACCUCAGAAGCUGUCAGCAAAAAAGAGAAAGUGUUUCGGAGAGCAUGCUCUCGUUGUUAUUAUGUGAGAGUGCAAGAUACGCGCUACUGUGUGUACGAUGUGUUUGCUCGUGCUAGAGUGAUUAGUUCGGAAAAAUCGGAUGGCAAAGAAAUACAACAAUACACGCCAACGAUUCUCGCAACGUUUUCCGAUGAUUUUUACGUCCAGCAGUGCGAAAACGGUCGGUGAUAACGACUCGGCAGUGAUAAAGUGUUGCUCUUAAAAAUACGUCUGUUAUUUGGCCUUCCCUUCUAAGUGCGAUUUAUUGCUUCUUGCGGAACUGAGCAUACCUAUGUGCGAGUAAAAUCAUUUCCGCCUCCAGUUUGUAACGAUAAAAUCGCUUUACGGUUGUAUGAAUUGUCAUGAUUUGGUGAAAUAACAGCGAUUGAAAACUGCGAUAAUUUACCAUAAAUAAUGACUGCAAAGAAAACUGCAGCUCAAGCAUCGGAUGCCGUGGCAGCCAUCGGUAACAACGAAGUAGGGGAUAAGGUUGUACUGAAACGAAAAAUUACACUUAUCAAUGGAGUUGGCAUCAUUGUGGGAACAAUUAUCGGUUCCGGUAUCUUCAUUUCGCCAACUGGAGUAUUUGUUUUUACCAGGUCAGUCGGUUCCUCCUUGGUUAUCUGGACGCUGAGUGGAAUCCUGUCGACGCUGGGAGCCCUGUGCUAUGCUGAGCUGGGCACAUGCAUCACGCGUUCCGGUGGAGACUAUGCGUACUUGCUAGUAGCUUUCGGGCCACUUGUUGGAUUUCUACGUCUCUGGAUGGCACUGCUAAUUAUUCGCCCAACAACACAGGCUAUCGUCGCAUUAACUUUUGCACAGUACGCAGUCAGACCGUUUUUCGAAGAUUGUGAAGCUCCAGAAAGUGCUGUGCGUCUUCUGGCAGCUGUAUGUCUCUGUUUUCUCACGGCCAUUAACUGCAUUUCAACGAAAUGGGCAAUGAAGAUACAGGAUGUAUUUACCAUAGCCAAGCUUACUGCCCUAGUUUCCAUAAUCCUGGCAGGCAUUUAUUUUAUGGCAACCGAGUCACUCGAUAAUUUCCAAAAUCCUUGGGAAGGAGAAUAUGCGUUAUCCAGCCUUGCGUAUGCUUUUUACUCCGGACUGUUCGCUUUUGGAGGAUGGAACUAUCUUAACUUUGUUACAGAAGAGCUUGAAAAUCCUUACAAAAAUCUUCCCCGUGCUAUUUGGAUAGCGAUGCCUAUGGUCACUGGUAUCUACGUUUUUGUCAACAUGGCUUAUUUUGCGGUAGUAUCGAGGCAGGAAAUGCUUGCAUCAAUUGCCGUCGCUGUUUCGUUCGGCAAUCGGAUGUUUGGCUCCGUCGCUUGGCUGAUACCAAUAUUUGUGGCUCUCAGUACCUUCGGUGGGGUUAAUGGAAUAUUAUUCACCUCGGCUCGUCUUUUCUCUACUGGUGCACAAGAAGGACAUUUACCAGCCUGGUUUUCACUAGUUCAUGUCGACCGGCAAACCCCUAUACCGGCGCUUAUAUUUACCUGCAUCACUUCCAUAAUCAUGCUGCUUUCUGCCAAUGUUUUCGUUCUGAUCAACUAUUUCAGCCAAAUCCUCUGGCUUUCUGUGGCCGCCAGUAUCGCCGGUUUGCUGUGGCUAAGAAUUUCAAAACCUAACAUGCCGAGACCUAUUAAAGUUAAUUUAGCUCUGCCAAUCAUAUUUCUCGUCUGUUGCCUGGGAUUGGUGCUGCUGCCGUCGUUCACUGAACCAUUCAACCUACUUGUCGGUUUGGCGAUUACUUUGUCCGGUGUUCCUAUUUAUUAUGUGUGUAUCGUAUGGCGCAGUAACAAACAAACUAAAAACCAGCUCAUGCAAUGGAUUGAACGGGGUUGUCAAAUUCUGUUUAAUGCAGCCUUCGUGGACUGUCACCACGACCGUAAACGGGAGCGAGAAUUUUCUGAAAUGCAGACCAGUAUCGAAGACAAAAGUGUAAGUCACUAAGCUAUCGAAUGAAAUAGUACCGUUGUUGCAGUUUUAUGUGUAUGCCCGCUACGACAAUAUUUGAAGCCAAACGACGAGUACCCCAGGACGAGAAAGACUUGUUGCUGCAGUAGUGCCAACAAAGCCAACGCAAGUAAAAUUUAGAAUUCUGAAGAGUAAUGUUCUUGAAGAAAAGAGGCCGCUAGUUUGAUUGUUUAUUUUGCAACACAAAUCUUUACACGCGAAUCUGUAAGAUUGAAUGCAGUGCUUUAAUUACGCAGGAACAUAGAACAAAGUCUUCAUCGUAACAACUACAUUAUUUUUAAAUAUUUGUGCACAAUAAAUGUAUGAAACGUACAUUAUGUUUAAACACAAAUAUACAAACAAAAAAGAUAACUCGUGAACUAAACAAUACAUCGCUAUCUCCAACGAAAUGAUUUCUACUGAAGGUUUACUCUAUGGUCUUUGCUUAUAUCAAUGUACUUAAAAGAUUUAAGAUAAAUAUUAAUAAACAAGCAUCGUUGUUUAA